GGAUCUCUUCUUCUCCCGACUAAACCCUAAUUUGGAAUCGUCGCGAAGGAUGAUGCCGGAGAAGACGGUAGUUACAUCGGAGACUUCAAAGUCGUCUCCUUUAAACCCAUCUUCGACGCGGACUAUCUGCCAUGUUUGCAACAAGCAGUUCGCGCAGUACACGUGUCCUCGCUGCAACUUCCGCUACUGCUCUCUUCCCUGUUACAAAUCCCACAGCGUCCAAUGCACCGAGUCCUUCAUGAGAGAGAACGUUGUUGACGAGCUGCGGCAAUUUCGCUCCGACGAUCAAACGAAGACUAAGAUGCUCGAGAUUUUGAAACGGUUUCACCAAGAAGAAGAAGAGGACGAUGAUGAUGAGAUCAUGACGGAUGGCGAAGGUUCGAGUUCGACGCUACCGGAGGAAACUAUUCGGAAGAUUCUUGCAGGAGAUGAGAUCAGUUUUGAUGAUCUGAGCUUAGAAGAGAGGAAAGGGUUUCAAAGAGCGUUAGCUUCUGGAGAGCUUAGCAAAAUGAUUGAGCCAUGGGAUCCUUGGUGGCUACGCUCUUCAGCUCAAAGGAUCUCUCUUGGGGCUCAAGGUAAACAGUUGGUACAAUGCGUUGAAGAAGAAGAAGAUGAUAAAGGAGCAACCUUUGUGAGCGAAAUACCUCGAGGGCCUUAUACACCUCUGAUGUCGCUAAGCAAGCUUAGCUCCACGAUGCCAUCUCCGUUGUUACCAAUCCACUUGGUUGAUGUUUUAUAUAGUUACUGUUUCACUCUUCGUAUAUAUAAUGGAGAAUGGCAAUCUGAUUCGUUGGGUGCAGCGACCAUGGUUAUGAGUGUUUCAUCAGUGUUAGGUCAGAAUGCACAACCUGGGACUAUGAAGGAAGUGUUGUCGUUUUGUUUGGAACAGACGUGCUCUUCAGCUUAUAAGAGCCUCGGUGGUGGUCUGAAAUUCGGAUUGAAUCUGGUUGAUGAUGUGAUUCACUUGCUUUCUCUUGGCAAUGGAGCUCUGGUGUGCUUGCUCUGUGAUCUCCAGAGGUUGAUUCUUGGUGCAAUACAGGAAGUGAAAUCAUCAGGGCGUGAUCUGAAGAAGAAACUAAAGCUUGCAGAUAGGAAAGUUUUCUUCAUGAUGUGUUGGGUCAAUGAGCAGACUCCAGAAGUGUGGCAAGCGUUGGAAUCAUCGGUGAGGGCAGAGAAGAACUCGAUUGUUGAGCUUAACGAUCACAAAGGGUUUAGAGACGUGAAGGAGAAAGAUCAUACACGAAAAGGCGGUGUGGUAAUCGAAGAGAUAGAAUGAGUAAGAUGUACCGAGUUUCAUGUGAACAAUGCUUUAAGUUAUAGCUUCAUGAUGUAAUAGAAAUCUUGUUUGUUAUUUUGGAACUGCAAUAGAGAAAUAAAGACAAAAAUACAAUCUUUUCUUUCGCUUUCA